AUGUUACUCGUCCCACCCAUGCGACCUCAACCUUUCCCUACUUUUUCCUGUGCGAAUGCACUACAGGAAGAAGGAAAUUACUCAUUCCGCUCCACCUUAUCCCACAGAACACCUGCGCUCUACCCCGCUGCACAAGACCGUCGACCGCGUCGCAUUCCGAAAUCUGUCCGGACACAUCCUCACAACAGAACAGUUGACACCGGCCUACACUGCCAACAUACAAGCUAUCCGCCCCCCCAAAUCCAAAUCAUUCCACAACUCAACACCUACAACACCGCCCGACGACAAACUUCGCCCCUCGCAUCAAGCCACCCACACUCUACAAGCAACUUAAAAGCCACACUCGAGCCCCAAUUUAAAGCCUAUAUUCUCGUCGUACGAUAA